AUGAAUAUGGAUAGUGCAAAGUUAUCAUUGAUAGAUUUACCAACAAUAGUAAUCUAUUCAAUAUUUAAUUGGUUGGAAGAUGAUGAAGAUAAAGUAUUUCUAUACUUGACUUGUAAAAGAUUACAUCAUUAUAAAUACUUGACUCUCGAACAUUAUAGUGAUCGAAAUCAAUGUGCACAUGGACCUGUUGAAAGAUAUAAAAAGGUGACAUUGUCAGGUGUUAGUUAUUAUAGUAGUAGUAUUGGUAGUGGUAGUGGUAGUGGUGGAGGUGGAGGUGGUGCUACGACUACUAUUAUACUACCACCUAAACAUGAAAGAUUGUACAAUAGGUUAAAGGAGAGAUCUGAUAGAUCACUUGUAACAAUGCUUUCAUUAUACUAUUGUAGUAAUGACAAAAACAACGAAAGAAAUGUAUUGGUACUCGACCCUUUAAUCACGUGUCUUGUAGUCGAUGGUCAGAGACCAAACAACCUACUCAACUCCAAAAAUACAUACAAUCUCUCGUCUCUCACCGUUUCAAAAGGUUCAGAUUAUGAUAGUGUACUACGUACAAAGCUUGGUAUGCGUGGUGAUACACAUCCUAAUCUCAUACAACUAGACCUUCCCGUCAUAAAGAUCACCAGUCAUACCAACAACCUUAACGUUGGUGGUCAUCUACUACCAUCUUCACUGACAUCUCUCAGUGUCAAUUUCUCUAUUCAAAAUGGUGGUCGUGGUAUGUCUACUGUCAACCCUAUAGUGGACUAUUUUUCAAACCUUGACCAAAGUUUAGUACAUCUAACUCUCAGUCUAGACGUGUACGAUACAAGGAUAAAGUUUAAUCGGUUUCCUUCAAAUUUGGUUUCAUUGUCUCUCAAUGGAUUCAAUCAACAAUUGGAACGUGACAUGUUUCCACCGACAACACUCACCAGUCUAUCUCUUGAUGAAUAUCACAAGUUAAUACCAACCGGCACUCUUCCAAACAGUCUCUUACGAUUGGAAAUCAAGGAAUGUUGUCCAGAUUGUUUAAAAGGGACUGUACUACCACCAACACUCACCACUCUUUUGGUACACGGGUCACUACGAUCUAUCACAGUACCAAACUCUGUCACUACAUUAAUCUAUUCAUUUAAAAAUGGUAUUGUCAAUGGUUGUGGAUUGGUUAAACUACCCACAUCACUUUUACAUGCAGAGUUUAUAAAUCACUUUGAUCAAGGUAAACUUGGUUUAAAGUUGCCUCAAGGCUUGCAAACUCUUAGGAUCAGUCCUUUAAACUGUCUCGAACCAGGUUUCAUUCCAAAUACAGUUCAUAGUAUUCAAAUUGAUGAUUUUUCUCUUUUCAAUAAUAAUAUUAAUAAUAAUACUUGCAACAACAAUACACAACCAACAAAAUUGGGAUGGAUACCAGAUUCAGUAGAAUCAAUUGUAUUUAAAAAAGGAUUUGAUCAUUCUAUUCGAUAUCCGAGUGGUUUAAAGUAUAUUGAAUUUGGUGAAUCAUUUACAGGUAGAUCUUUUAAAACCACCAUUCUUGCAUCAGAAUAUUUACUACCAUUUGGUGUCGAGACUGUUAAAUUUGGAUCGCUUUUAGAAUAUGAUACUCUGGUCAAAGGAGUACUCCCACAGUCUAUCACAAGAUUAUACUUUACAAAUGUACGUGGGGUUUUGGCCAGCUUAACCACUGGGUUUUUAGGAGAAUUCCACCAACUUCCAAAGGAUUUCACAUUCCCUCCAAGGCUAGAAGUUCUACAAUUCCCUUUAGCCUAUGAAUAUGAAAUGCCACGUCUCCCAAAUACACUUCUCAAGUUGUAUUUGUACUCUCCCACCAUUGGAAGAAAUAAAUGUUCAUUGUGUCCAUAUUGGCGUACUCACCAAUGUCCACCUCUACCAACCACCCACACCAAACUAAUCAAUCUUCCAAACUACCCUUUAUCGAUGGUCAUCUAUAUUGACAACACAUACUAUACCAUUCAUCAAUACCAACAAGCUCUUAAAAUACAACAACAACAACAACAACCAAAAAAGUUUAUAUAA